GUUCUCCUAUAGAGGACCCUGUCGAGAAGCGCCACGACGCGCCCCUCAACACGGCGUGCCGCGAGUUUGUGGCCGGGACAGAAAAGCCGAGCGGGAUGUUCUCGCGCCUCUCCUGGGCCGUGCUGACAGGGACAGACCUCAUCCAGGCUAGUAUCACGGCGCUUUACAGCGGCCUCGCCUUCUGGAUCUUGCUGCAGUACUGCCUCCGUACCUGGCCCGAGGGGCACGAGAAUGUCGCGUACGAGCAACGGAACUUUGAAUGGUGGAUUGUCGACCAGGUUGUGCGACAUAUACGCGGGCGGGCAAUCGUGCUGCUCGACUCGGGCCGCUUUGGCCUCUGUAGUAAUGCAGUCCAGGUAGACGACGAGGUCGUGCUCUCAGACUGUCUAAAGGACAGUCUGCUACUACGGCGCCGGCACCGGCGGCCGGAAGAGGCUGCGGGUAGACAUGUAGGAAAUCAGCAAGCUCAGGAUCCUCAUAUCGGCGAGACCGAAGCGGGUUAUAACGCGCCGCCUACGCACUGGUUCGUUGGCCACCUAUUUAUCGACGGACUGGGCUUUGGGGUUAAUCUGGACGAGGUAUGGGUCAGGACAAUUAGUAGAAAACCUAACCAAGUUAUCAUUAUGGGUUAGAGAGUUAGUCCCUGGUAAUGAGCCGGGGUAAGGUGAGAUUCUUUCUGAUUAUGGGAAGAAUAACCACCUAAAGACUAAAGAGGGCUCAUCGCCUAUUAGGUGUGGUAGUGUUACUAGUGACGAUCCUUGUAACACAUCAACAUGCUUGUUCAUUCAGGCAUAGCUACUCCGCCGCAUGGGCAAGCAUACAUCAUUCAAGAAGCUUACGCACCGUAUGGCAGUGGUACAAACCUGGAUGACGAAGCGGGCGCGGUCUCCAUGCAUGCCAAUAUUGUAUCUUUGUUCGA